CUGCGGAACGAGCAGCCAGCAAUCGAAGAGCAUCGUCAGUCCCUCACGGUGAGCCGGUUCAGUCGGUUUUCUUCGCUCGUCUCCGUUGUUUGCGACACACUCGUCCCCCGUAGGUGGCUGCGUACUCAAACUCCUCUUUCUCUCUCUCUCUCUUUCUCUGUCUGUCCUUCGUACUCGUGUCGAAUAAAAGCCCACACGGUAGUGCUGUACGGUUUGAAAAAUCCACUCGUGUAUAUCCGUACACUUAAAACAUACACGACUCGGCGACGAACGAUUAGUGCGUACGAUUUGUUGGUGGACAAGCUACUCUCCUCGAGCACGGAGCUGUACUGUUUGUGGAUUUCUACCCUCUCUGCCUCCCUGUGGAUUACUCGACGUCCCGCAACGGGAACUUCUCUUAAAGGGACGAGGCGUAGGAUGGGCCCGACCGUGCGAGCAGUCGUGCUACACUGAAGAGGAGGAGUUCCCUUGAAGAAGAGAGAGAAGGAGGAAGGAACGAAGGAUGCCUGCCUCGCAGACCGCCGCCACGGAGCGGCGAAACGAUAGGAUGAUCACACACGAGCCGCCAAAAUUAAAGACGACCCUAAAAACGCCUCCUAAGCAAGCGACUAAUCCUCUUCAGUUCGUCAAAGUUGGACCGUGCUCUUUGUAUCGUACAGCUCAAGAGCAGCUGCAAAAGGUCCAGGAAGUAAAGAAAAUAAAGCAAGAAGUUCGCGAUGACCCCGAAGAUUGGCAAUCGAAUCUGGACAACUGGAAGAGUAGUCGAAGGAAGCGUCAAGAGCACAUCAUCGAGCGGGUGGUCGAGGUGAAGAAACUCGAGCUGGAGGAACACGAUCGGCAGCGUCGUCGAAGCAAGACUUUCUCGGAAAUGAUGGAAGAGAGGGGCAAUAGGGGUCGGAAACUGAGCAUCAGCUUGGCCAUGUACCACGAGGAAGAUGCCAAUGACCUGAGUGACCUUGGUAUAGGCACCAGCAGCGGAAAGAGCUCGGUUAGCGGCGACACACACGAUGACACACACAGUGUUUUGAGCGACAGAGACAGCGAGAUCGAGAAGAAUCACUCGGACGUGGACAACGUGCCAAGCGAGAGCGUGAUCGGCAACGAUAUCACGACAUCGUCGUCGACCACGACGGCAACAACGACAACGACGACGAAGAAACCGUUCGGGAAUGGCUUUCACAGCAACCAUAGUCACAACAACAACAACCAGGAGUACGAUUCCGCGACAACAGCGACUACCAGCUCCCCAGAACCAGAGGAAUACACGUACGAGGGUGCGAUUCGUGGUUACGUGUCGCGAGUGUCGCAGAACAUACCCAGGCGAUCAUUGGCCAGUCUGGACGCGAAGCUCGAGAACGCGAAAUCGUCGACGAACGGCUCUAAAACAGGCCUGAACGAGGACGCCAAGUCCACUAUACCGGUAGUCAAGGUCGACAUCCUGAAGAGGCGAGAGAUCUUCGAGAAAGCGUCGCAGAAGAGCAACGAGAGUAAACUGAACAACAGGCUCUCCGGCGAUUUCACCGGAACGAAAUCGAUCAAGGAACGGCUCUCGAAUCUGGAGAAGCAGAAGCACGAAGCGGAGAGCACAGAGAAGAGCGGCAAAGCGUUGAACAGAUUGUCCGGCGACAUGAGCACGAUCCGCGAGAGAUUAUCUCAUCUGGAGAAACAGGCGUCUGAACGGGAGAGCAAGAAUUCUUCCUCUCAUCGUAAGCUGAGCACCGAGGAACUAGAGACAGUCAGACCGCUACGUGAAAGAUUGUCUACUCUGGAAAAAUACAGCAGCAGCGACGAGUCAUCCGCGCCACCUGGCACAGCUCACGAAUCCCGACACAAUGGCGAAUUGUCCGCCAGAACGAUAAAGGAUCGUUUGAGCGCUCUGGACGCGGCUAGGAGCAAAGAGUCGGCGGAGAAGAGAUCGUCCGUGGGCAAGCAUUCGUUGUGCUUCCGGGAUCAGGAGAACAGAAUCGACACCUCGACUCCUAGCGAGAGAAGCUCGUCGCCUGAUUCGGAGUAUCGCGUGCCAAGAGCCGCCUUCCAUAGAAGCCUGGAUUCUCUGGACGCAGACGCUUCUAGCGGUCCUGACACGUUCGAACGCGUGCAAAGCUUGGAGGAGCUCGAUUACGGCAGACGUUAUCCGGCAUCUUCGUCGUCCGCCGAACUCUUGAACGAUACAGAUCGCGAGGAUUCAGGGAUUCACACCGCUGACGUCAGCUGUUCGGUGAGCCAAGCUGACGAGCCGGUAGACGAGGAUAUCGUGCACGCUAGUACGAUCAUAGAGAGGCAAGAGGUGAUCGAGGAGAAACCGGAGGAACCUCGCGAGGUUCAGACACCGAACGAGAUUGUCGCUGAACAGAGCAUCGCUGUAUCCGUGAACGAGAUCUCGACGACUUCUGCCAGUCAACCGGAAGCAGUAGUAGCAAAGAAGGGUACUGCUGACACUUCUGGGGAACUGUCGACUAACAAAUCACAAUCGCAGGCACACAUAGAGGUUACUAACUCUAGUACACUCCGUUCCUGUCCUGCUACGAGUCGCCCGAUCGUUUAUCAAAGUCCCAAAGUACCUCCGCGGCGAACACCUCCCGAAACGCUUCCCAAACCGAAGUUACCUGUCUCCAAAGAGCACGUCACCGAGACCAAGGUAGAUUCUCCGCCCGUUAAAGAGUCGAGCUCCGUUACAUCGAGCACGAAACUUUUCACGAACGAGCAAGAAUGUAAAUUCGGCGUUGACGAGAAGAGCUUCUCGAAGGAAGACUCGACCAAAGUAACAAGCUCGUCGACAACGUCGUUGGACUCUGCCGUCGUAGUAGACAGUUGUCCUCUGUCACCUGCCAGGACGGCGGCAGUUCCAACGAACCUUCCGUUAGAGUCAAACGCUACCUCAGCCUCGAACAGUCCCUCGAAAACCACACCGGUCGCGUCACCGCGGGCUGCAUCGAAGAUUCCCACUCCUCUUCCUCGAAAGGCAAUAGGCGCGAAAUCCUCACCGACCAGUUCUACAUCAUCUCUGAGCCCGCCUAUCUCACCGUCCUCCCCAAAAACUCUGUCGCUGAAAGCGAGAACGUCGAACGUUAAGAGUCCAACCAGUCCGAUGUCUAUGCCGCAAUUCCCGAAAGCUUCAGAGAUCCCGGUCCCGGUCUGUUCAAACGUCACGUCUAGCUCGAACGUCCCCAGUUCACCCUCCUCGAAUCUGGAACAAUCGCCCCUGGCUUCGCCUGUCGCCAAGCACCCCACCUCCCCCUUGUCAAGCACAAAACACCAGGCGACAGUGGCCGAAGAGACACUGCAUGCAGAAAGACGCCGCACGGUGGUGGAAAUUUGCGAAAAGGUGGUGGUACCUCAGGGCAAGACACCUACGACACCUCCAGUGACGCCGUUCAUCACCGUGGAUCGCGUGAAUGAGAAGCAGAGCUCAGCGACCGAGGAACCGAUCGUUAUCGAGAAAGCGGACGACGAGGAGGCAGCAGCAGCAGCAGCGGCGGCGGCGGCGGCGGCGCCAGUCGAACACGAAGAGCACGAGGAAAAGGAAGCGGCGAUGAACGGGAAGAUCGAGGCAUACGAGCCACCGGCGCGAAAGUCGAUCAAGGAGUCGAUCGACGUGCACGAUGCACCUGAGAUCAUCCAGCCUGUGGACGUCCCUGUGCCUCAAAGACCGACGACCUUGACCCUCGGCAAACAGGAAAUCACCAUGAUGGACACGAUGAGCCUGCUCAGUUCUGUAUCGCCGAUCUCGACACAGAUUUUGCCACUGAACUUAUCCAGCGACGAGGAAAUCGUCAGCGCACUAUCAUUUCCUCUCGGACCACCGACAAGCGCGGAACCUCCAAAGGAGAAACCACCACCGCCUCCAGUGGACAUCAGCGACGAGGAAAAUCUCCCGAUCGAGCCUCUGAAGAGACUGAACUCGACCCGUAGAAUAAAGAAGGAACUACGCACGAGACGCUCUGAUUUUCUUGGAAUCGAAGGGGUAAACGAUGACGAGUUGGAACGCGAGCUGACGCUGACAAAGCCGCCAGACAUGGCGGCGAUUCUAGCCGAAGAAAGGCGCAUCGAGCAGCUUCAUCGUCGCUCGUACGACACGGACAGCAACUACGAACAGGACUCUAGCCACGAGAGAGAUUCCGGGGUCGAGUUAGGCCACGCCGAGGACUGGACGAAGCAACCGGUCAGCCCUGACAUGUCACAGCACAGUCGGCAAAGUAGCGAACCGUUCGGCGCGAGCGUGACUUCUUCGGAGGAAGACGAGAUCACGAAGAAAGAAAGAGAGAUCAUCGAGGUCCUCGAGAAAGAGGAGCAGUGGCGGUACGGGAACAAUCGUGAGCUGAACAGUGACUUGGGCGAGAAAUUGGCGCACAAGCUGCGCGAGCUCGAGGAGGAGAAGAUGCAGCUGGAGCGGGAACGUGCCCAGGAAGCGGCGCUGCGCCGCCAGGAAGAGACUCUGCGGAAAAACGAGGACAACAUACGCAAGCAGGAGGAAACGUUGCGCAAACAGCAGGAGGAGGCCGCGAGGCAGCAAGAAGCGGCUCGCGCCGAGGCCGAGGCGAAACGCGCGGAAGAGAAGAGGCGCGAGGAGGAGGAGCUGAGAGCGCAGGCGGAACGUUUGAGGAUUCAAAACGAGCUCGAGGAGGAGAGGAGGGUGGCCGAUGCGAGACGCAUCGAGGAGAAGCGUAUCAGGGCCAUUGAAAGUCAAAUUCGGGAACAAGAGAACACGUCAUUGGUUGGUGCUGGUUUGAACGACGAAGAAGACGAAUUUGCUUCCGGGGAAGUCCUCAGGGUGGAAAGGGAACUGCUGCAGCUGGAACAAGAAGAAUUGAAACGUCAACGAAACAAUCUCGCGUAUCGCGAACAGAAGCAGCUUAAACUGGCAGAACAAUUGCAGGAACAAUGGAAAUCGUUGCAAGAUGUUGCGCAUACAUCGGCCACCAAUAUCCAACAGUUCAAGAGCCAACCACCGGUGAAUUACAGGUCGUCGAUGCCGAAUCUUCAGCUUCAGGACGUGCAAAGAAGAAGACCACCGCCUCCGCCGAUUCCGCCAGCGAAACCACUGCGUUUGAUCGAGCAGAGACAAAGAGACGUGAUGAUCAGGAGCAGCAGGAUUCCGUCGGCGGAUUCGAUUCCCCAGCAAGUAGACGCGUCUUUGCGACACAGUGCAUCGGUGACGACGCUUUCGAGUCACGCUGGUCAACAAAUGAGCAGGCAAACGUUGCAAGCGCUUAGUGCAGUACCUCGACCACGAAUCGUUCAGAGCGAUCAAUGGGUCCAACGAAGAAAAAGCGAUGUUCCACGAGGUGCUCACGAUCUGAAUUACCAGCACUGGCUCAUACAGGAAGCGGAGCAGAGGAGGAUCAGUGAAAAGAACCAACGAUCGCCAGCGCGGAAACCUCAGAUGCAUGUAACAGGGACGUCGGUUCCUUAUACUACGGCUCCAACGAGGACAGACAGUAAACCAUUGCCUGACUCUAUCAUACAAACGCUUACGCAAAGAGUGCAGAACAGAGCGCAGGAGAAACCUCUUCCACCAAGAAGAAGAUUGGAACAUAGUACUAGCCAGGAACACCUUUCCGCGUUGCAACACCAGUCGCCGCAUGUUAUGCCGCCGCAGAAAUCUCAGCAACCUCCUCAGAUGAACAAUGAGAAUCAGGAGAAAAUGUUAAGCGUUAGUGGGAAAAAGAAGUGCUCGCAUUGUGGAGAUGAAUUAGGUCGAGGCGCCGCGAUGAUCAUCGAAAGUCUGCGACUGUUCUAUCACAUGGAAUGUUUCAAAUGCUGUGUGUGUCACGUGCGACUUGGUGACGGACUAAUGGGAACAGACGUGCGCGUUAGGAAUGACAAGCUUCACUGCCAUAACUGCUACUCCAGUGACGACGGUGUCAAGUUCAGUUGCGUGUGAAACCAAAACGGGGCAGUGGCUAAUGGGACCACGCUGACUAACUUGAAUAUAGCAUCAUUCGGCUAUAUUUUAUAAGUUAUAGUUGACCAUUUAGCUACCGGUGACACGCGACCGCGACACCAACAAACUCUAUCCCCCCCCUUUUCUGUACAUAAAACUCUGACAGACGGUGUACGAACGAGAAGCAACGGACGUGUGGAGUCUUCGUUUGUUUGUUUGUUGUUUUUUUUUUUCUGUCUGCGUAAAAGUAUUCCUUCGUGCGCUUAUAAUUUAAAUAUUGAAAUCAAGAUUUAUCAAAGUAACGCCGAUUCCUUUUCAAUCGACUAA